AUGGAUGUAUCAAGUAGUAUUCCGGCAGAGAAAGUGAUCGGAGCAGAGAGAAGGGAGCUUCAAGGGCUUCUUAAGUCGGCGGUGCAAUCUGUGGGAUGGACUUACAGUCUCUUUUGGCAACUUUGUCCUCAACAAAGGGUAUUGGUGUGGGGGAAUGGAUACUACAACGGUGCAAUAAAGACGAGGAAGACAACUCAGCCGGCGGAAGUAACGGCGGAAGAGGCUGCGUUAGAGAGGAGCCAACAGCUGAGGGAGCUUUACGAGACGCUUUUGGCUGGAGAUUCAUCGACGGAAGCAAGAGCAUGCACCGCAUUAUCGCCUGAGGAUUUAACGGAGGCUGAGUGGUUUUAUCUAAUGUGUGUCUCUUUCUCUUUCCCUCCUCCCUCUGGGAUUCCGGGAAAGGCGUAUGCAAGGAGGAAGUACGUAUGGCUAAGUGGUGCAAAUGAAGUUGACAGUAAAAUCUUUUCUCGGGCUAUUCUCGCUAAGAGUGCCAAAAUUCAGACAUUGGUUUGUAUUCCCAUGCUUGAUGGCGUUGUGGAACUAGGCACAACGGACAAGGUAAAAGAAGAUGUAGAGUUUGUUGAGCACAUAAAGAGUUUCUUCCAUAACCACCCAGUGUCAAACCCAAAGCCAGCUCUCUCUGAACACUCCACCUACGAAGUGCAUGAAGAAAAUGAAGAAGAAGAAGAAGAAGUAGAAGAAGAAGAAAUGACAAUGUCAGAAGAGAUAAGGCUUGGCUCGCCGGAUGAUGACGAUGUCUCCAAUCAAAAUCUACUCUCUGAUUUCCACAUCGAACCAACCCAAACUUUAGACACACACAUGGACAUGAUGAACCUAAUGGAGGAGGGUGGAAACUAUUCCCAAACAGUAUCAACACUUCUCAUGUCACAACCCACAAGUCUUUUUUCAGAUUCAGUUUCCACAUCUUCUUACAUCCAAUCAUCGUUUGCCACGUGGACUGUCAAAGAGCAUCAGCCUCAUAAGCGAGUGGAGAAAGCGGCCAUGUCGUGGCAAUGGAUGCUCAAACACAUAGUCCUGAGAGUUCCUUUCCUCCACGACAACACUAAAGAUAAGAGGCUGCCGCGGGAAGAGCUUAACCACGUGGUGGCAGAGCGACGCAGGAGAGAGAAGCUGAACAAGAAAUUCAUAACGUUGAGGUCAAUGGUUCCGUUUGUGACCAAGAUGGAUAAAGUCUCCAUCCUUGGAGACACCAUCGAGUACGUACACCAUCUUCGUAAUAGGAUCCAUGAGCUGGAGAGUAAUCAUCAUCACGAGCAACAACAUAGUAAGCGGAUGCGUAAGGGAAAGAGAUCGGAAGAGGUGGAGGUUUCCAUCAUAGAGAGUGAUGCUUUGUUAGAGAUGAGAUGCGAGUACCGAGAUGGUCUAUUGCUCGACAUUCUUCAGGUUCUUAAGGAGCUCGGUAUGGAGACUACUUCAGUUCAUACCUCAGUGAAUGACAGUGAUUUCGAUGGGGAGAUAAGGGCAAAAGUGAGAGGGAAGAAACCAACCAUCGCUGAGGUUAAAAGAGCCAUCCAUCAAAUCAUAGCCAAUACUAAACUCUAG